AUGGCCCAAGCAAUCAGGAGCGCCCUCCCCGACCGCCUCAAGCCUUCCAACGGCGACGAGGCCGAGUUUGCCCAGAGGCACCAUGGCAAGACUAGGUCUCACAUGGCCUUCGAGAACACCUCCACAAGCAUCGCCGCCGCCCAGAUGCGCAAUGCCCUCACACAGCUUGCCGAGACAGUCAAGGAUCCCAGCCAGAAGAAGCUCUUCGAGACCGAGAUGGACAACUUCUUCUCUCUCUUCCGCCGCUACCUGAACGACAAGGCCAAGGGCAACGAGGUCAACUGGGACCGCAUUCGUCCUCCUGCCCCUCACCAGAUCGUCGACUACGAGAGCCUCGCUAACAACGACUCGGUCGGCUUCCUUAACAAGCUUGCCGUCCUCAAGCUCAACGGUGGUCUCGGUACCUCCAUGGGCUGCGUCGGCCCCAAGUCUGUUAUCGAGGUCCGUGAUGGCAUGUCCUUCCUCGACAUGUCCGUCCGCCAGGUUGAGCACCUCAACCGCACCUAUGGCUCCAACGUGCCCAUCCUCCUCAUGAACUCGUUCAACACCGAUGAGGACACUGCUGCCAUCAUCAAGAAGUACGAGGGUCACAAUGUCGACAUCCUCACCUUCAACCAGUCCCGUUACCCCAGAAUCUACAAGGACUCCCUCCUCCCCGUCCCCAAGUCCUUUGACUCUCCUCUCCACGACUGGUACCCUCCCGGCCACGGUGACGUUUUCGAGUCUCUCUACAACUCGGGUAUCCUCGACAAGCUUAUUGAGCGCGGUAUCGAGAUCAUCUUCCUCUCCAACGCCGACAACCUCGGUGCCGUCGUCGACCUCCGCAUCCUCCAGCACAUGGUCGAGACCGAUGCCGAGUACAUUAUGGAGCUUACCAACAAGACCAAGGCCGACGUCAAGGGUGGCACCAUCAUCGACUACGAGGGCUCCGUCCGUCUCCUCGAGAUCGCCCAGGUCCCCAAGGAGCACGUCAACGAGUUCAAGUCCAUCAAGAAGUUCAAGUACUUCAACACCAACAACAUCUGGAUGAACGUCCAGGCCGUCAAGCGUGUCGUUGAAAACAACGAGCUCGAGCUCGACAUCAUUCCCAACAGCAAGACCAUCCCCGGCGACAAGAAGGGCGAGUCCGAUAUCAGCAUUCUCCAGCUCGAGACCGCCGUCGGUGCCGCCAUCAAGCACUUCAAGAACGCCCACGGUGUCAACGUGCCCCGUCGCCGCUUCUUGCCCGUCAAGACCUGCUCCGACCUGAUGCUCGUCAAGUCGGAUCUCUACACCGUCAAGCACGGCCAGCUCCAAAUGAGCUCGGCCCGCUUCGGCGACGCUCCCCUGAUCAAGCUCGGUAACGACUUCAAGAAGGUGUCGGACUUCCAGAAGCGCAUCCCCAGCAUCCCCAAGAUCAUCGAGCUUGACCACCUCACCAUUACCGGUGCCGUCAACCUCGGCCGUGGCGUCACCCUCAAGGGCACCGUCAUUAUCGUGGCUACUGAGGGCCAGACCAUUGACGUUCCUCCCGGAUCCAUCCUCGAGAACGUUGUCGUCCAGGGUAGCUUGCGUCUCCUUGAGCACUAA